AAUCUUCUGAAGAAGAAAAUUCUAACCCAAGAACAACAUCUAAUAAAUGUUUAAAAAAAGCUAAUAAAAACACUAAUAGUACAGCUUUGCCAUAUCGACACAACCAAAACUUGGCUAAUAAUUAUAUAUCAACAAGACAUAUAAAUUAUCCAAGAUCGUCAAACCAUAUUGAUCCAGUACUUCAUAACUUGGAUAAUAUUACACCAUUAAAUGAAAGUGUGAAUAAAUUACAAGCUUCAUCUCUAUUUCAUAAUGCAAAUGUUGAAUAUCAAUCUACAGUUACUAGAAAUUUUAUUGCACCAGAAGAACAGCAUCGCAAUUUGUCACGAUCAACUACUAUGUCUUUAGAUGAUAUAUCAGAUUCACAAUCUUUAACUACUUUCUCAUUUCAACAAAAUCCAUAUAAUGAAAGGAUCUCAAGACCUGACACACAGUUUCAACAUGCGUCAUAUUCACCAGAAACUUCUCGCACCAUUACUAAUUGGAAUUCUAAUAUGAAUUUACAAAAUUGCUAUAAUCAACCUAAAGAAAAAAUUUCAAGCCUAAAUACACAAUUACAACACACAUCAUCAUCAGCAAAUUCUUACAAGAUUUCUACUCAUGAAACUGAUAUUAAUUUACACAAACUAAGUUUUUCUGAUAAGAAAUCAUUAAUCGAUUGGUUAUGUACACAACCAGAUUUAAUCGCUCAAGUACGAAGAUUAUUAACUACUUCAACAUAUAACGAUAAGAAGAUUACGCCAUCAACAGAUUCAGUAUCCAAAGAAUUUAAGGUAUUGUUUAAAAAGACACAUGAAUACUUUGAUAAUUUUCGACAUACCUUUAAUAAAGACAUAGCGGCUCUUGCCAAAGAUUUCUUAGUUAAAGAUUGUGAACCAUCAGAUGAAAAUAUUAAACAGUUCAUUGCCAGAAAAGUCUGGCGUCAAAAACUUAGCAAAUACCUUGAUGCUAGUGACUUUUCUGAGUUCAAAAAAUCAUCUUCUUCACUCAAAUCUCUUGAAAGCUUUGUUGCUGAAAGUUUGAAGAUUCAUGUUGAAUAUCAAAUUGCAGUUCGUAAUAAAGGAAAACCUUCCUAUAGUGAAGAUGUCUUAGCCAAAAUUAAGAAACUUAAUCAACUCACUAUUCAAGUUACUAUAGCAUCAGCAAGCUGA